CCCGGUGCUAAGCCUCGACCUGUUGAUAUGCCAUUAGUAUCCCAGAGGACGCGGCAUGAAGGAAAUUCGCAUUCCAUACAGGCCCAGAAAUGAGCACAACAUAAACUCCUCCGAAGCCUACUUAUUACCGGGACGCACAAUAGGGGCCUUUUCGGGAUAGGUAUAUGCGCACCAACCGUUGACUUCAGUGCAAAGCGGUUAUUGGCAAUUCCACCACCCUCUUGGUUAUGCCAUUGGGUGUGCCGUAGCAAUAGCGAGCUAUGGCGAAGCGCAGAUCUUUCGAGGGCGAAGACAGCCGGCCAUUAAAGAAGUCAAAGACUGUCGCCCAUGCACACGAGACUCCCACUUCCGAGGACGUACGUAGCGGAAGACAGCUUCGUCAACUGCUAUCCUUCGAGCAAGACCUUACAAAAGCUAGACAUGGCCUUCGAUCAUUUAAAAAUCUCCUCGAUGGCAUACUCAAGGAUGAGAAUGGCGUCGACGAGAAGUGGACAAUAUUGCUCGCGUAUCUCGAAUCGGUAAAGCCGGCAGAGAAGGAUGGCGAGGCCCCCGUGUACCUGCCGGACGUCUUGGAGACCUGGGGCCUGGCUGUGCAGUUGGGCAACGAGCAUGUUAUGUCCGAUGUUGCCGCCGUACUAACCCUCCUGAUCAAGGUCAUAUCUGGAAACGUGGAUCUGGUGCCAUACGCCCUAGGGAUAUGUCGGACACUUCUUCAACCGCAACAGCAAGAGAUCAUGGCAAAACACCUCUCCGCUGACAAGGGCAAGGAUUUCGUAAUCUCGCCCACGCUGCGGCUCCUCAGAGAGGCUGUAUACUUAGACGGUGGUACUCUUGCGCCCGCGAUAUUCCGAGCCAGGAAUAACCUGUUCAAGUCACUCGCCAGGAAUAUAGGGCUCCGGUAUAUCGGCGAGGGUGUAGAGAGCCCAGCACGGCCAUCGGUCAGAACCAAUGCGAUACGUUUUCUCCUAGGCAGCCUUAGGUUUCUACACACUGAGGCGAAGCGUGACCUUAUAUCUCAAAAAGACGUUGUCGCUGCCCUCAUGAGACAUAUCAGAGAGGACCCGCCCUCGCUGGUCUACGAAAUAUUAGACACGCUGAAGGCCUCCGUCGUUCUAGAUAAGAAGCUGCCCAAGGACGCCAAGAUUAGAAUACUGAAUUCUCGCUCUCUUAUCCGGAUUUCCUCGCUCUACGGCUAUUCGCGGGCUUCCGCGCAGUCUGGAGAUGUAUCAGACAGCGAGCGGCCAUCAGUGGAAGAAUCAGCUCAUGCGUUUUUGCUCGCUGCUUGCACUGAUCCCGAUGUUGGCAUUCGCCGGUCAGAACACGCAUAUUACCCCGAAGGUGUCGAUCCGAACCCAAUGUCGCGGGGGCCCGACGAUGGCCAAACUGUAGACUUUGGCAUCGAUAGCAUACCUUGGAUGAGCAAGUUCGGGGACGACGUACCCGUCCGGAACGCCUUGUUAGCAGAGUUCAUCCAGACGUUGAGACCUUGGUCUAGUACGAAGCAGAAUGAGCUCCUGGUGGCAAUCUUCAACGUCGUGCCAGAAUUAAUCGCGCAUUACUUUUGCCACAAGAAGUCGUUUACGUUUGAUCCUAAGCUCUCUGCCACUUGGAUUGGAUACUCCGCAUUACUGCACAGUGUCGUUCAGCUACCUAUCGCUCGUUGGUUUGGACAGACGCAUGGCUACGCACAAGUUCCGCCUCCUAUUUCUGUGCUGCUUGGAAACAUAAUUCCCCUACCUUUAACGCCAAAGGUGAUAACGCGGUGCUUGUCGAACAACUCCAAGUUGGCGUCGUUCUAUGCCAUCCGCCUGCUGACGCUGGCAUUGGAGAAAUUUAGACGGGCACUGGAGAUGUUUCGAGAGGCGGGAUCGUCCUCGCCGGAGUCGCUCUGGGAAGAAGGGGCUCGUCGACUCGUUGACGAAUUUUACAGAAGGGUUCCUGAUAUCAAGGAUGUCGUUAACUGCUAUCGUACGAUGGGUUGUGGCGAUCUACUUCAACGACAAGCUGCUAGUCGACUGCUGCUACUCUAUUACGAAGUUAUCCCACAGGUCUCCCUAAGAGCCAAGUUUGAUGUCUCACCAAUACUCUUAGCCACUAUCAAAGUGGUCGAAGACUCUAGAGGGACAAAUCAGGACGUGGUGCUGCGUUCCCUAGAACUCGAGAAUCUUUGUGGAGUUGCGAAAUACUCACCGGGUAUGCGAUGGUUUGCUCGCGCACCCGAUAUGCCACACUCCCCUUUCACCACGCUCUUGAGAUUAUGUUCGGAAGAGACGACAGUGCUAUCGAACGAGAGCCUAGCCGAUAGCUUGUAUUGGGUGACCAAGGACCACCAGCUAGUGGAGAGCCGAGCAAGGUCUCCCGGGUUAUACCCUCUAAUUGCAGCAUUAAGAGGCCACAGGAUUACCAAUCCAACGAUUUGGGUGUUUCUGGAUAACUGUGUUGAGCGCUGUGCUAGAACUCCAGUCAAGUACCUUGGGUGCAUCGAAGAGGAGCUCAAGAAAGCCGAGGUCCCUGAAGAUGUUGAUACAACAACCUGUCCGCUUAUGAUGACAAUCGCGGAGCAAAUUCCAUACUUCAUAUCGUCAUCACCUAACGAGGCCACACUCGAUGAGUUGGUGCAAUUUCUCACGGAGUAUCUCGGCCACUCGUUUGCUGCAGGUGUAAGCGAGGCUUUUCUCAAUGCCUCGAAGGAGCUUUUCGUCAUGGGAAUUGGAAACGAAACGGCCAGAGAAAGGCUGGACACGUUCAAUGGGUCUAAGCAUAGACCGGGAAGGGAGACGGGCCACUACAAAUGCGGUGCCAUGGCCAUCCAAACUUUGGAUAACCAGGACGUCGGCAUAAUGGCUGGCGGGUUUACUCAACAGGACUUGGAAGACAGACUCUCGGCGCCCAUAACCACGACCACGGGCAACGAAAGCGCGCUGUCGAGGUGGCCAUCCAAGACGCCGGACGAACUAGUCGGGGAAGACUAUGUCUCUUCGCUGAUAUGCUUGCUUUCUUCUGCGCACGUGAGCAUUCGUAAGGAAGCCCUCGUUGCUAUCGCGAAAGUAAGUGCGAAGAUCAAGGAUUCGACAUAUGAAAACAAGGAGCAAGUGUGGCUCUUGCUUAUGGAGUUGGUGGAGUCGGCACGAGGUGCAAUCGACGACGGACCAUUGACGAAUAUGAUGGUGGCGUUUGCUUGUAAGGCUGUCGAAAUUCUGGCGGACCCUCUGCAUUGCCUGUACGAGAAGCUCAACCUAUUCCUCACCAACGGGCCGGUAUGGGGACUGGACAGGAUUCCUCUGAUGCAAAAUAUUCUCCAAGAGGGUCCAUCGGAGGAUGGAGCCUACUACUCCGAAGUCAGCUGGCUUCUUGGUUUCCUGCUUGAGAGUCUGCAGGCGCCCGCAGACGUCCAGUUGUUCCACAAGCGCAAAGUGUUCGAACGGUUGUUUAGCUUAUCGAGCAAUCCCUUUAUGGGGCCUAGUCUAAGGACUCAGGUGCUAAGGAUCGUCUAUAGGGCAACCGAGAUCGAGGGAGGGAGCGAUACGCUAAUUACAAGGUUCGGGGCAGUGAACUGGUUGCUGGCGCAAGGCGAUGCCGUACCUGAUGGUGUUGAGCGUGCAGUAUGUCGGGCUCUAGUUGCAAGGCUAUGGAGCACGUGUGACCAAACCCGCAUCGCGACUUGGAGCAAACGGGGGGUGGGGAGGCUGGCAGGACAAGAGCUGAGAGUUACGUAGGGAAAUGCCUUUAGUACUUACGUGUAGAAUGUGCCUACAUUAUGUACUUGAUCUAUAUGCACCAAAGUCGCGCUGGGCGGUUUAAAGGGGAAAAAGAAAGAGAAACCCGAGUUUCCGCUGCCUAUUGACUAGGGAGCCCUGAACUCUCUAUGAGAUGAGCUCUCGAGACACGACUAACACUAAGUGAUUAUGUUGGGUCAUUUGACGCUGCGACCUCAAUUGCCCUUUUCCGUCGCGACUUUUUGUAUAUCUAUAUACCUAUAUAGAGAGAGAGAAAGGCAGUCCUUUCUAUAAACUAGUAUAUUCAGACUCCUUAUCUAACCACGAUGCUUGAUUGAGAAGGUCCACACAAUAUAUAUCUUAAGGUAGGGAGUUGAUUUAAUUUAGGUACAAGGCGCUCGAGAU